UUGGGAAACACUUUUCCUCUCGAAUCGUUUUUUUAAGGACGUUUUGAAGGAUGCCUCGUUUAGCUCUUCUUAUCGGACUCCUGGCUUGUCUUCCAUUAGCAGCCUGUUUGAGGUGCUACACGUGUGUGUUUCCGGCCAUUUCUCCCAUGGACUGUUUGAAGUUUCCUCUGGAGUGUCCUGCUGGGCAGCGCUGCCUCUCCAGUGAGGCAACAGGAAGACGAGGUGUCAUCCAGAUGACAAUAUAUGAGAAAAGCUGUGCCGUUCCCACCCAGUGUGGCCUGAGCGGACAGAAAUAUGCCUCCGGCAUCAACUUCAACUACACCAACAACUGCUGCGACACUGACCUUUGUAACGGAGCCGGAUCCAUCGGUGCCCUCAGCUGGGGGGGAGCGGUGCUCGGCCUGCUGCCUGUGUUCACCCUCCUCACUGCCUGAGACAAGGAAACGGCACGAUAAACACCACCGGGAGACAAACAUCCAGCUACCAUUGCAAUAUCAAUAUACCAGAAGUGCCAAUU